CUCGCCAAGGUGCAGCCACCCCCAAGUCUACGUGUCUGGACACUGUUUCUGGGGGACUUGCAUGGCCACUCAACUCAGGUGCCCGGUGGUGCCACGACUCCUGGCGAGCGACACCAACCGUCUCAGCAGAGGUGGGCGACCAAGGCUCUGAGGGAGCCAGUCUGGCACAGCCGGCCAGGAGGCGCUGGCAGCUGUGGCUGGAGGCGUGGCCCGGGCCGUCGCCUGUGGUGAAACAAGCUGCUGGAGGUAGCCAAGAUGCCCGGGAAGGGGUGACUACAGCUCCUGCCCACCCUGUUCUUGUAGUUUUGGAGCCACACCUGGCUCUGCUCAGGGACCACUCCUGGUGGUGGGGGAACCGUUUGGGUGCUGGGGGUCAGACCCUGGCGGGCUCGGUAUAAGGCACAUGCCCUCCCUGCUGCAGUUUCUGUGUCCCCCCGGGGUGACCUGGGGCUACUCAGCUGCACGAGGCAUCCCUGUGCUGCCACCACGGCUGCUGUAGGUGGGGUGCCGGGCUGGGCGCACCCCGCUGCAGCACUUCCGGAAGCCAGGCGUCUGCCUGGGCCGGGAGGCUGGGUGGCCUCACACCGCUUUCCUCAGCCUCCACUUCCACUUCCCUGGGCCCCGCCUCUCCCGGGCUGGCAAGUCCAGCCCCAGAGCGUCCCUGUGGGAGGCCGCCUGGGUGCCAGCGGGAGAGAACGCAGAAAGAGCCAGGAGGCUACCACCUGUCCCAGCCUGCUGCCUGUCCCUCAGUGACCCAGGACCCCAGCGCCAAGCCAUGUCCGACUACGAGAACGAUGACGAGUGCUGGAAUAUGCUGGAAGGAUUCCGGGUGAAGCUCAUCUCUGUCAUCGACCCCGCGCGCAUCACCCCCUAUCUGCGGCAGUGCAAGGUCCUGAACCCCGAUGAUGAGGAGCAGGUGCUCAGCGACCCCAACUUGGUCAUUCGCAAGCGGAAAGUGGGGGUGCUCCUGGACAUCCUGCAGCGCACUGGCCAUAAGGGCUACGUGGCCUUCCUCGAGAGUCUGGAGCUGUACUACCCGCAGCUCUACAAGAGGGUCACAGGCAAGGAGCCCACCCGCGUCUUCUCCAUGAUUAUCGACGCAUCCGGGGAGUCGGGCCUGACGCAGUUGCUCAUGAGCGAGGUGAUGAAGCUGCAGAAGAAGGUGCAGGAGCUGUCAGCGCUGCUCUGCUCCAAGGACGACUUCAUCAAGGAGCUGCGGGUGAAGGACAGCCUUCUGCGCAAGCACCAGGAGCGCGUGCAGCGGCUGCGCCAGGAGUGCGAGGCGGGCGGCCGCGAGCUGAAGCGCUGCAAGGACCAGAACUACGAGCUGGCCCUGCGCCUGGCCCGCCAGAGCGAGGAGAAGGGCGCUGCGCUCAUGCGCAACCGGGACCUGCAGCUCGAGAUCGACCGGCUCAAGCACAGCCUCAUGAAGGCCGAGGACGACUGCACGGUGGAGCGGAGGCACACGCUGAAGCUGCGGCACGCCAUGGAGCAGCGGCCCAGCCACGAGCGCCUGUGGGAGCUGCAGCAGGAGAAGGCGCUGCUGCAGGCGCGCGUGCAGGAGCUGGAGGCCGCCGCGCAGGUGGGCCACGGCUGCGUGGGCCCCGGCGCGGGGGGCCCCGGCCUGGCCGCUGCCCUGCCCUGCCUCUCCCCUCUGCAGGAAGGCACGCUGGACAGAGGCAGCCCCUACAUGCAGGUGCCAGAGGAAGACUGGCGCCAGGCCCUGCGCGCCCGCCAGGAACAAGCCCGCACCAUCUUCUCCCUGCGCAAGGACCUGCGGCAGGCGGAGGCCCUGCGCGGCCGGUGCCAGGAGGAGAAGGAGACGUUGGAGCUGCAGGUGCAGGCCCUGCGCAAGGACUCCAAGAUGUACCAGGAGCGCAUCGAGGCCAUCCUGCAGCAGAUGGAUGAGGUGGCCGGCGAGCGGGACCAGGCGCUGGCGUCGCGGGAGGAGCUGCAUGCGCAGUACGCCCGGAGCCUGCAGGACAAGGACGAGCUGCGCAAGCGGGCGCGGGAGCUGGGCGAGCGGGCGGACGAGCUGCAGCUGCAGCUGUUCCAGUGUGAGGCCCGGCUGCUGGCGGCACAGGGCCGGCUGGGGCAGCGGCAGGACAGGCUGGUGCUGAGUUCUGACCUGGAAGACAGCUCACCCCGGAAUUCCCAGGAGCUCUCGCUCUCCCAGGACCUGGAGGAGGAUGCCCCACUCUCAGACAAAGGUGCCCUGAGCCUGGCCCACCUGGGCUCGCGGGUUCUGCGGGGGUCCCCACCUGGAGCAGCGGGGUGUCUGCUGCUGGCUGGGGCUGCCCUGCCCGCCCAGGGAUGCGCAGGAGGAACCCCCGGCCACUUGGUCCUUCCAGGAAGCCUGGGCGAUGGAGAGAACCCGGAGCAGCCCGAGGAGGCCCUACACAUGGAGUGUCUGUCGCUGACCCACCACGAGAUGGGAGCUGAGCCCCCGGAGAAGGAGCGGCGGCGCCUCAAGGAGAGCUUCGAGAACUACCGCAGGAAGCGGGCGCUGCGGAAGAUGCAGCACGCCUCGCGGCAGGGCGAAGCGGACUGGGAGAACACCACCGGCAGCGACAACACCGACACCGAAGGCUCGUAACGCCGCGGCGGCGUGGCCCCGUCCCCAAAUAAAUGCGCGACCCGCCGCCCCGCGCCUCCGCGUGCCUUUUCCCGCCGCCCACCAGGGAGCAGCAGCGCGCGCCGUGCCCAGGCGCCGGAAGCGGACGGGUUCUUCCUCCGCGUGCCCGCUUCCAACAUGGCGCGCGCGGACUCAG